AUGCAGCAGCAGCAGCAGCAGCAGCAGCAGCAGCAGGAGCAGCAGCAGCAGCAGCAGCAGCGGGAGCAGGAGGAGUGGUUUAGAGAGCUAGCAGCAGAAGUGCUGCAGCAGCAUUUGCUGCUGCGGCGGAGAAGGAUAGCCAGGAAGGUCAGAGGCAUCGUCUGCUUCAGUAUUAUACUCAAAAGACACAGAGGUACACACACUGCUGCUGCUGCUGCUGCUGCUGCUGCUGCUGCUGCUGCUGCUGCUGCUGCUGUUGCUGCUGUUGGUGGUGGUGGUGGUGCUGCUGCUGCUGCUGCUGCUGGUGGUGGUGCUGCUGCUGGCGCUGUUGGUGGUGCUGCUGCUGCUGCUGUUGGUGGUGGUGGCGCUGCUGCUGCUGUUGGUGGUGGUGCUGCUGCUGUUGGUGCUGCUGGUGCUUUUGGUGCUGCUGCUGCUGUGGGUGCUGCUGCUGCUGCUGGUGCUGUUGGUGGUGGUGCUGCUGCUGGUGCUGUUGGUGCUGCUGCUGCUGUGGGUGCUGCUGCUGCUGCUGCUGUUGGUGCUGGUGCUCGUGAUGUUGGUGGUGGUGAUAGUGGUGGCGAUGCUCAGUGGCUGGCGCGGCUGUGUGCUUCUCGAUGUCUGCUGCUGCGCGUCGCCGCCUCUCGGAGGAAGCUGCUGCAGCAGCAGGUUGCUGCUGUUGCUGAGGCGUUAAGAGCAGCAGCAGCAGCAAAAGCAGCAGCAGCUAAAGCAGAAGCUGAAGCAGCUGCAGCAGCAGCUGCAGCAGCAGCAGCAGCAGCAGCAGCGCGAGAGGAAGAGCAACAGAAACGGACCCAACUACAGGCAAUCCGUAUUCAGAGGUGGUGGAGAGCAGCACAGAGGCGCCGCAAGUUGCUGCUGCUGCAGCAGGAGCAACAGCAGCAGCAGCGGCAGCAGCAAGAGCAGCAGCAGCAGCAACAGGAGCACCACCAACAGCAGCAGCAACAGUUGCUGAAGCAGACACACCUACAAACUCCGGAGCAGCAGCUGUUGCUGCAGCAGCAGGUGCAACAGCAGCAGCGGCUGCAGCAGCAACACCCGCAGCAGCAGCAGCAGCAGCAGCAGCAGCAGCAGGGCGAGAUGGUGGAGAGCAGCACAGAGGCGCCGCAAGUUGCUGCUGCUGCAGCAGGAGCAACAGCAGCAGCAGCAGCAACAGCAGCAGCAAGAGCAGCAGCAGCGGCAGCAGCAAGAGCAGCAGCAGCAGCAACAGGAGCACCACCAACAGCAGCUCCUGCUGCUGCUGCUGCUUCUGCUGUGUCUGCUGCCGCUGCUGCUGUUUCCGCUGCUGCUGCUGCUGCUGCUGCUGCUGGUGGUUCUGCUGCUGCAGUUUAUGGGGGUGCGAGCAGCACUCAGCAGCACGCACAGCCAGCAGCAACAGCACCAGCAACAGCAGCAGCAACAGCAGCGACAACAGUAGCAGCAAGAGCAGAAGCAGCAGCAGCAGCAACAGCAGCAGCAACAGCAGCAGCAGUGUGCAUCCAGAGACACUGGAGAGGCAGCAGCAGCAGAAGAGGAAAGGCAGCAACAGCAGCAGCGGCUGCAGCAGCAACACCCGCAGCAGCAGCAGCAGCAGCAGCAGCAGCAGCAGGACGCACUCAGCAGCACGCACAGCCAGCAGCAGCAGCAGCAGGGACAGCAGCAGCAACAGCAGCAACAACAGUAGCAGCAACAGCAGAAGCAGCAGCAGCAGCAACAGCAGCAGCAACAGCAGCAGCAACAGCAGCAGCAGUGUGCAUCCAGAGACAUUGGAGAGGCAGCAGCAGCAGAAGAGGAAAGGCGGAGCUCACGCGGCAGCUGCUGCUGCUGCAGCGGGCCGUCCGCAGGUGGCUAGCUGCCAAAAAAUCUAUGAAGCAGCAGCAGCAGCAGCAGCAGCAGCAGCAGCAGCAGCAACAGCAGCAGUUGCCGCAACAGCAGCAGUUGCAACAACAGCAGCAGGUGCAGCAGCAGCAGCAGUUGCAGCAGCAGCAGCAGCAGUUGCAGCUGCAGCAGCAGCAAAUGAUGAAGCAGCAGCAGUGGUUGCCGCUGCAGCAAUCGCAACAGCAGCAACAGCAGCAGCAGCAGCAGCAGCAGCAGCAGCAGCAGCUAGACGAAGCAGCAGCAGAAGCAGCAGAAGAAGAGAAUGUCUCUCCUGGGGCCCCUGCAGCAGCAGAUAUGAAUUGGAAGGCAGCAGCAGGAGCAGCAGUAGCAGCAGCAAGAUCUGCUGCUGCAGAAGCUCGUGCUGCAGCAGCAGCAGCUGCUGCUGCUGCUGCAGUGUACACGCAGCAGACUGCAGCAGCAGCAGCAGCAGGGGCCCCCUCCCUCAUUCCGAGGGCCCCCACAGCCGCUCACCUGCUGCGGGGCUCGCUUAGCGCUGGUGGCAGGGCCAACAGCAGCAGCAGCAGCAGCAGCAGCAGCAACAUCAGCAGCAUCAGCAGCAUCAGCAGCAGCAAAAGCAACAGCAGCCCUACCUUCUCUAUAACUUCUGCGUUGCCGCCUCCUCCUGGGUUGACAUCUGCUGCUGCUGCUGCUGCUGCUGCUGCUGAGCAGCAGCAAAAGCAACAGCAGCCCUACCUUCUCUAUAACUUCUGCGUUGCCGCCUCCUCCUGGGUUAACAUCUGCUGCUGCUGCUGCUGCUGCUGCUGCCAGCAGCAGCAGCAGCAGCAGCAGCAGUCUGUACACCCCAGAGGUGCUGUACAGAUCCUUAAUUCCCCCGCCACCCAGCAGGAGCGAAGCCACACACCAGCAGCAGCAACAGCAGCAGCACCAACAGCAGCAGCAGCAGCAGCUUAA